ACCCGAGCACCGCCUUCGCCGGUGCCUGGCUCCCUGGGUUGCAGCGGGUCGUGGUGGCCCUGGGCCGGCAGGUCUAUCUUGCGACUGCUGGUUCGACGGUGCAGCUGUCCACGAUGCCGGCCUUGACCGCCACGGAAGUCUUGGCGCUUUCCAUCAGUUCAGCCGGCUCGGAUAAGGCCCUGGCCGUCUACAGCGACCGGGGCUGCGUGCGGCAUCGGCUGGCGUUGGUUGCAACGGGAUCAUUGUCAUGGCAAGCAGAGGAGGAGCUGAUCGACAACCGAACCGAAACACCCGCCUGCGUGGAGGGAACUUCAGUUGCUUUGGUCCCACUGGGCUCACAGCAACUGCUGGCCGUGGCCGCCACAGUUUGUCUUCUCUGUGCCGGAGAGGUGGAGGCGAAUGGCAUGCGGUGGAGCGAAGUGUGGGACUUCCUGGUGCCCGAUGCGGGGGAGGAGGUUUGGUCAGUCCAGGGUGCGGCCUGGCAUGACGGAGGGGCAGUCUUUGCCUUGGAGCUGACGGGCGGAAGCCUUAACCUCCGCUGGGCCGACGGCCUCGGGCCCCGCUCCGCCUCGCAGCAGGCACCCAGCACGUCUUCCGCCGCAUCCUUUGCUUUGACACCGGUAGCUCCGCGCCAGGUUGCUCUCGCGUACGGGGCCUUCACACCUUAUGGUGCAAGUGAUGGCACGCUCUGGACCCUACAGCGCAAACGGUGCCGACUCCCAGAAGCGUCACUAGCACUCACUGCCUACGAUGUCAGCGGCUGUGUCAUCAACUCUGACUCGGAGGAUUCCGACGGCUUCCUUUUUGAGGAUGAGUGCCUUGUUCGCUGCGCAGAUCCCCGGCAGCGCUUCGCUGCCAGGAGCUUCUGCCGAGAGCAGGAAGGGCAAUUCGAGUUCUUGGGCUGCGAUGCGCUUUGUCAAGCUCCAGCAGCACCGGGUGCAUUGACACCUGGCUGCCGCGAGGGCAGCCGCAUCGUGAUUGGUGGUGUUUGCACAUCUGCUUGCCCAGAAGGCUUUGCAGCCACGGUGCCCGCGCUCUUGUGCGCCUUCCGCCCGGACCAAUCCUCCCUGCCUUUCUUGGAGCCACGGACGUUCAGCUGCAUUCCUUUGGGCUGCGCCGCGCCGAUGUGUACCGAGACAACGGCGCAACCCACAUGCCGAGGUGGCUGGCACGUGCCUCACAGCAAGCUUUGCUUGCCAAACUGUUUGCCUGGCUACGCGCCGACAGUGCCCUACCUCAGCUGCUUUGCGGGCCGUCUGGAACCGGCCAGCUACGACUGCCGCCUCGAAGGAGUUUCGUGCUCAGCUCCUUCUGUCCUCGGGGCUUCAAACCCUUCUUGCGUGGAAGGUAACGUCAUCGUGCACGGUGGCGUGUGCACAGCGCGUUGUUCCGAAGCCCUCUUCACAGCCACGGAGCCUACCUUGCGCUGCCAGGACGGUAUAUUGACGCCGAGCACCUUUUCCUGCGCACCGCCAUGCUUCCUCAGCGAGGCUCCCGAGCAGGCUGCCUUGCCGCCUUGCGCUGAGGGACUGUCGAUUCUGCACGGGGCCACGUGCACCUUCCGCUGCAACUUCGGCUUCGAGCCUCAACCUUCUUCUGCGAGGUGCGAGAGGGGCAGUUUUGCUACAUCUGCUUCGAACGGCAACGCGUUCGUCUGCGUGCAAGUGGCGCAGGAUUGUGUCGCUCCGAGUUCAGCCUUCCACCUCGGCAUUGGUUACGUUGCUGCGCCGGGAGAGCUCUGUGAGCAGCUGGGCGGAGCUGUUCCCCACAGCCAGGACUGCCGUGGUGUUUGCCCUCGAGCAGGCUACACGCCUAGCCCCACGGCCUUGUCUUGCUCCGACGGCGCCCUUUCGCCUCAGAGCUUCACGUGCGGCCGCUCUUGUACAGCUGCUCCGCUGGCAGAUGUACAAUUUUCGAACCCUUCUGGAGCGUGCGAGGAGGGAGAGGAGAUCGGCCACAGCCUCCGUUGCACAACGUCUUGUUCCGCCGGCUACGUUCCUUCCGUGGGCAGCCUCGAGUGCUACGAUGGCGCGCUGUCGCCACCGAGCUUCGAGUGCAGGCGUUUCCUCCUCGGCUGCCCAGCGCCCAGCCCGGUCGCCGGUGGCUUGGCACCCAGCUGUGCUGAGGGCAGUUUCAUCCCGGAGGGGUCCACCUGCACUACGAGCUGCGAGGAAGCCUUUGUGCCAGAGCCGGCGCAGUUGCGCUGCAGUCGGCAGGCUUUGUCGCCACAAAGCUUCGAGUGUCUGCAGGGCUGCCAGCUGGCAGGGUUGACACCACGAGGUGGAAGUUGCCUCGAGGGAACGGCGGUGAAGCACGGUCAGGGCUGCACGGCUCAGUGUGCUGUCGGCUACGCGCCGUCGGUGCCUUUCCUGGCAUGUAGCCGAGGCCUGCUGACUCCCACGAGCUUCGACUGCCUGCGGGUUUGCAACGCUGUGAUUGGCACUGUGGCUCUCUACCCAGCGCUGUCCCUGGACUGGCCUGCACCCACCACUGGUGAGCCAGCCUGCGCUGAGGGUGCCAUGAUCGAGUCCGGGGGUCAGUGCCGAGCCAUUUGCAGCCUGGGCUACAAGCCAGACACGGAGCUGUUGGGAUGCCAGGAUGGAGACCUGACGCCGAGCACCUUCACAUGCGAGGUUGUUCGGCCAUGCUUUCUCGCCUCGGCUCCAAAUGGUGCGUCGCCGCCAUGCGCGGAAGGCUUUACAGUGCAGCACAAUGCCACCUGCACGGCCAGCUGCCUGCCGGGUUUCCUGCCCAGCUUUGAGGAGCUACACUGCUGGGAUGGCGUCCUGACCCCGCUCACCUUUACGUGUCUGCAGAUGUGCUCUGCUCCAGCUGUGGCGAAUGCUCCGCAGCCGUGCCUGGAGGGGAACCUCUUGGCCCCGAGCGCGAUCUGCACUGCUCAGUGUGCAGCUGGCUUUGCUCCGUCUGUGACCACGCUGACAUGCUCCGAGUCUGGCUCCGGACUGUUUACACCAUUUGACUUCAGUUGCGGACGCACUUGCGAUGCACCCCGGAUCGAAGGAGCCCUAUCGCCGGCGUGUGAGCAGCUGCCACUAAGGCACAGUCAAAGCUGCAGCUUCCGUUGCCCUGCAGGGACAAGCAGCGAGGGAGAGGUACUCUGCAAUGAUGGGACCCUCGUCUAUGUGGGGGCAGUCUCCUGCAGAUUGAACUGCCAAAGCUCCGAGAACGUUGUCGGUGCUCUGAACCCUUCGUGUCAAGAAGGGGCAGCCGUGCCUCACAGUGGCACUUGCAACCCCGUCUGCACACUGGGAGCCACAGCCGUGCCCCCGGCACUCCGGUGCCGGGACGGACGCCUCGUGGCACCAGGCUACUUCCAGGAGUUUCUCACUACGACCAUCACCACAUCCACCUGGACCCGCACAUCUAGAACUUUCACGUCACUCACCACCCGCACCAGCACCAGCACCUCUGGAACCUUGACGCAGGCUGUGUCCAGCUCGACCAGUUCGACAUCCUCGUCAUGGUCGGCUACGAUCACCCGUUCAAGCAGCACCACGGCAUCCACCAGCUCCACAAGCACGGUAAACGGCUCAAUGGAGGAGACCACGACCAGCUCUGCGACGACAACCACCUUUGCGGGUUCCAGCACCUCCUCCACAGCCACGACCAUGACUCUGACAAGCACCCUCUCCACCAUCACAGCCUUCACUUCGACAAGUUCCAGCACCAGCUCGUCGCAAUCCUCCGCGAACAUCUCAGCAAACUCCUCGGAUGCCGUGAGCAGCACAACUCUGUCGGGCACCUCUAUCACCAUAAGCACCACCACGGUCAUCAGCACCACCCGUACAUCGACGGCAUCAGCCACGAUCACCACGGUGACAGUGACUCUGCCCGUCGACUUGUCUCCCAGCUUCAGCUGCGUCCGAACGCCUCAGCUCCAGGUGGAAGUAUCAGGGCAAUUUCACUCAGGAGGAGCACCGACAGGCGCCGUGGCUGCCGCCUUGGCGGCACCCUCUGGAGCCGGUCUUGCUGUUGCCUUUCAACUGGCAGGAGCCCUCGACCUCACCAUCGGCCAUCAGCUACCACGAGGCGACUGGCAAUGGGGUCCGGCGGCCACCCUCCACGAUGGCACCGAUAUCAUGCAGGGCUUCCGGGCCCGGCUCGCGUCUUUGGGUGGCCACCGCCUUGCAAGCACAGUGGCCGCUGCCUUUCGGGACGGCUCUGGCAGGAUCUCCCUGCGGACGGCGCUGCGCCCGCCCAGGGGCCUGGCGCCAUCCCUGGGCUGUGCGCUGGUCACUGGGGCCUCGGUGGAUGAUUUGCAGCUCUUCGCCUCUGGCGAUGGUGUGCUAUGGCUGGCCCACACCAACGAAGAAGGUCUGGCCCACAUCAGCGUCGUGCGAGGGGUCGGUCCCUGGCGGAUGUCGUUGCAGGUGUCCCCCGAAGUCCUCCUCUCCACCGGCGUGUCGCGGAUGAGCAGUGUUGCAGUGGAUUGGAGGGUUCCUGGCCCGCGGCACGCGAUCUUCCUCUACGAAGUCCAGAGCCAAGAAGUCGCCGCCACGCCGCUGGCUCUGACUCGUGUCGCCAUGCUUCAGGACCCAUUGGGCACUCCGGUUCUUGGCGAAGCGGAAGUCUUGAAUGAGGGCCCGGUGCUGUUUCCCAACAUGGUCGCGCUCUCCGACGGGCGCAUCCUUUGCAGUUUCGUAGAUGCUCGACGACCGUCCUCCUCUUCCACACUCCGCAUGGGACGCCUUGGCGGGUGGCCCGACGACCAGCCAGAGGGACCAUCCAGUUGGGCGGCGCUGUCCUGGGGCGAGAGGGUAGAUGCGGGGACCGCUCCAGCGCACCUUGGGAGCUUUGGUGAUGCUGGGCCCGUGAUGGUUGUGUCGGCGACAUCUGCCCGCUGGCUCCAUGCCUGGGGCAGGCUCGUGACCCUGGGCCCCGUUCAAGUGCUUGCCGGUCGCGUGGGUGCCGAUGCUACGCUAGUGGACCUGCGCCAAAACGAGGUUGCACUGCUGCUGCCCGUGGCGGGAGAUCCGAGCGCAGUUCACAGGGCGAGCUUGGAAUGGACCUGCUUUCUGCCGCAGGACACGACAGGAUACUUGACCGCAGCGUGCUUGGCCACGGAGAGGCCCUUGCUGGAGAAGGACUGCAAAGUCUCAUGUGCCGACGGCUACCUGGUGGAAGGCCAGGGCCCACGAGCUGUCUGCCCCAUGCCGCCAGAGGCGGCCUUCUUCCAGCUCUCUGGCUGCGUUCCGCAGCCCUGCGUAGCACCGCAAGGCAUAUUGAAUGCCGCCGAAGAUGCUUGUGCAAGUGGCUGGGCCGUGCCACACGGCAGGACAUGCGAGGCGAUGUGUGCGCCAGGAUUCGCACCGACGGUCGCGCGGCUCCAUUGCGAGGUUGGAAUUUUCCAGCCAUCCACGUUUGCUUGCAAAGCGACCUGCUGCGAGGAUCGGCCGGGGGACAACGCAACCUCUUGCGUGGCUCUUCCGCCUCGAAGCCUUCCCUGCUCUGCGCCGUUGGGAGUGGGUCUGGCCCAGGACCCGAGCUGCGCGGAGGGUUUCCAGAUUCCCAUCGGCGGCCGCUGUCGUCCUGCAUGCAUAGAGGGUUACGAGCCCACAGUGGCCUUGCUGCGCUGCAACACCAGUGGCACAGGCGAGCUGUCGCCAGCAACCUUCCAAUGCCAGCGCCAGCGCGUGGAUAGCAACUCCUCCGAGCAGAACGAUAAUCCGGAUGCUGGUGAGUCCGCAGGUCUUUUCCUGGUCGGUGCAGAGCUCCGUCUGGACAUCUUCCCAGUGAGUCUCACCACGCCUGCCUCUGUUCUUGCAGAACUGCCUGCGGCCCGCGCUGCCCUCCGUGCCGCCUCCAGCACCAGCGCUGUACGAGCUGCGUCGGCUGCCGCCUUGCGCAUGCCCGAGGAGCAGGUGGCCGUGGUUCUCCACAAUGAGAUGAACAUCUCCUCGAGGCGCUUGGCAGAGAACGAAGAGGCUUUCUCGAACCUGACGCUCUACAGCCUUAUUCUUGGGCGCAGCAACGCCACAGAGGUGGUGCUACAGAUCCAGGAGCUGCUGGCUGGUGGAAGCCCUGCACUGCUCUUCGAGGAGGCACUCAGGACCAGCCUCCCCGAGCUCUUGGGCGACCAGGCUCCUUCCUUGCUGGCAGCACUCGCAGAUGAGGUCACUUCGGGCUGGAUCUCAUCUCUGCACAAGUUGCCGGACUCGGAGAUCCUCCUGACCUUGGUGCCCUCCUCCGACUUUGCAGCCACCCUCCCACCAGAGCUGGAUAACUUCCUGGCCAAGGUUUUCCAAAACACAGAUGAUGGAAGUGACGCCAGCGUUGACAACGAGGAAGGCUUCCCGUACACCGACGGUUUUCUGGACUUUCUCGAAGGUGUGUGGUUCCUGCAAGCAACCCGGAUCCAGUUGGCAAGCAGGUUGGGCAGUGGAAUCGCCACGGACAUGGUGCUCGCCCUCAUUGCUUUCCUUAUUGUUUGUUCUGUCGUUUUUGCUGUUGCGGCCGUCCAUUAUCGCUGCUUUGUCCGGCCGCAUGCAGCUUUUCAGCUCGGCGGCUGGGACGAGACCUCGUACCGCUCUGUGUACAUAAUCCCGGAGAGCCAUCGAUACAGCUGGGCGCCCUUGUCACAAAGCCGCCUUCGUGAUACGACCACUCUCUGCGCCUUGUGCUGCUGCCCCUGUCUCCGGAUGCCUACAACCUGGUACCGCGGCGGCGUGCUACCCUACUGGCUAGGAGUUUGCGCCUGCUGCUUCUUUGGCCCCAUUUGCUGGCCAUGCCUGGGGUGCACCAUGCGCUCUCGUAUGGCUGUCGUUUUCGGCAUUCCCGGAUCGAUUUUGUCUCGGCUCUACAUUUGGCUUUGCUGCUGCUGUUGUGCCGCUACGCAGGAGUCCUUGCACGUGGACGGUGCCUUGCGAGAAUUGCGUGAGGCCUCAAAGCAGGCGGCUGAGACGCGAGGGGAGGUGCAAAGCCAGCUGGAGCCUCCCCCACGCCCGCCUGAGCAGGUCUCAAUGCAGGCAGUUCCGUCACACCGACGAUUAUCUCAGCGGCUUCAGAAGAUGGCGCGCCGCGCCGGACGACUGUCCCUUUUGGUGAAGCCGUCACCUAGCAAAAUUGCUGGGGCGCCCCCGGCAGCCGAUGCAGCCGAAAGUGCUGCUCCGGCAGUUCAGCUAGUUCGGCCGGCGAUCAGGACGCGAAUCGAGCGUGACUGGCCGGUGAAAGGAACAAGCUUUGGGACUCUUGGCAUCGAAGCGGGUUAG